UUAGGGUUGAUACCAUAUUUUGAAUCUUGAGUGGGCAUGGCGGGUAUUGAUGUUUCUAAGUAUGCUCAUAGUCCCGUGCACAAAGCUGGUGUUACCAAGGAUUAUUACGGUCUCGAGAAGAUACUCGCUGCACUCCCACAUCUCGGGAAUCCGGACGAUAUUCAAACGGAAGAACAAUCGUUGGCGGAGGAAGAGAAGGCUGAUGAGAUCUCUGCCGUGGUUGAUCGGCGCGAUGUUCCCAAUAGAGAUACCCCUCUUCACUUGGCUGUUAAACUCGGUGAUGAAACCGCGACCGAAAUGCUAAUGAUUGCCGGUGCCGAUUGGAGCUUGCGAAAUGAGCAAGGAUGGAGUGCACUCCAAGAAGCUGUUUCUAAUAGGCAAGAUGCUAUUGCUAUGGUUAUUGUUCGGCAUUACCCGUCGUUGGCUUGGGCGAAAUGGUGUCGAAGGUUGCCUCGCUUGGUGGGAACGAUGCAAAGGAUGAGGGACUUUUACAUGGAAAUCACGUUCCAUUUCGAGAGUUCCGUUAUACCUUUCAUCUCCAGAAUUGCUCCUUCGGAUACGUAUAAAAUUUGGAAGAGGGGUGCGAAUUUGAGAGCCGAUAUGACUUUGGCCGGAUUCGAUGGACUCAGAAUUCAGCGUUCGGAUCAGAGUAUUAUUUUCCUCGGUGAUGGUUCGGAGGACGGGAAGGUUCCUCUCGGAUCACUUUGUAUGAUCAAGCAUAAGGAUAAAGAGGUGAUAAAUGCUUUCGAAUUCGAUGGUGCUGGUUCUCAAUCGACCGACGAAGAGAUUCAAGAAGAAGUGGUUGCAAUGUCGCAAACUAAUAUAUUACGGCCUGGGAUAAACGUGUCGAAGGCCGUUCUUUUGCCGCAAAUGACAUGGAAACGACAUGUGAGAACCGAAAUGGUGGGUGCCUGGAAGGCAAAGGUGUACGAUAUGCACAAUGUUGUAUUUUUCAUCAAAUCUAAGAGGGUGCCUGGGGCCAUGACGGAUGAGGAGUUCUUAGCUUCCAAUGAGAAUGAAUCUGAGAGCGAAGAGUUCGAAGAUUUCUUGACAGAAGACGAAAAGAGACAACUUAAAGUCGCUCUUAAAUCGGAUACGUCGGAAAUAUCCAAUGAGAAUGGCGAUGCCAUUAACGAGCAGACUAAGCAGGAAAAGAAAGGAUGGUUUGGUGGGUGGAGAAAACGGGAGCCAACAAAUGAAAAGCCGAGUGACAUGCUUGGAGACUGUCCAUCGGGAAGUCAGAAAAAACCCGGUAAAUAUUCGGUUGAGACCAUGGCAAGGGACGAUAAUCAGAGGAUAAAAGAUUCGAGAUCAUCGACUUCUACGAGUUCGGAGAGUGGUAAUCAACAAAAAGAUAAUGGCCAGAACGAGUUUAGGAAAGGGUUGAGACCUGUUCUUUGGCUUUCUUCCGACUUCCCGCUGAAAAUCGAAGAACUCCUGCCAUUGCUCGACAUUCUUGCGAACAAAGUCAAGGCAAUUCGUCGGUUAAGGGAACUGCUCACAACAAAGCUUCCACCCGGUACCUUCCCCGUCAAGGUUGCUUUCCCUGUGGUUCCAACAGUCAGAGUGUUGGUAUGUUUCACCAAGUUUGAAGAAUUGCAGCCGGUGGGCGACGAGUUCUCGACACCCCCUUCAAGCCCCCGUUCGGGGAAAGAAAGCUCCUCGGCUACACGUACAGCGGGUUCGUCUUGGUUUCAGUGGAUAAAGGUGCCGUAUCAACGGCCGGGAUCAUCGAAUAACAAGAUAGAAAAUGUUCAAGAUCCAUUUGCAAUACCACAUGAUUAUACUUGGGUAACAGCUCAGGAAAUGAAAAAGAGGAUGCAAGAGGACUACUGCAAAGCAGAAAAGAAAGGCAAGAGUCAGAAUUCCAAGGCCACAGAUACAAAACUAAGCAUCAAGAAAUAGAUGAUCUUAUAGGGCAUUUUUGUUUUUGAA